UAAUUAAACCCUUUCUAAACCUCCCCUUUUAUAUUUUCGAUCCCACACUGUUCUAAUCCUUGGCCACACUGAACUUAACAUUGCCUUGGAUAUUUUGCUCUCUUCUUUUCACACUUGGGAAGGAUGCUAGCGGGACUCUUGGUUUUGUUGAUCUUAAUGCCAGCUCUUGCAGUGGCUGCGUGUGAACCCAAUGGACAAGAUGCCUACAAAGUGCGACUUAGUAUCAAAACAGCUCUUGGGAAAAAUGCAUAUGAAUGGAAUGAAAGUGAACUGUUCUUAUUCAGAGCAACUCUUGCAUUUGCGAUGAGAAGAUACCUCAACAAAGAAAAUUUCAAUGUUUCAAGUGUCAUUGUUUGUAAAGAAACUCCCCGAGUCUCUUUUUGGUUCGUGAUAACGGACCCUGGAAAUACGUCAAAGCUCAUCCCCAGAACGGAUGUGGAACAUGCUGUGAGGAUGUCGAGGAACCGUAUCAAUAGUGCCUUUUUACUGACUGAUAAAACCCUGCAGUUUAUUGGCAUUCCUCCAACGAUGGCGGUUCCCCUUGAGCCUGCGACACAGCCCUGGCUUAUCGUCUUUGGGGUGAUCAUCAGUUUGGUCAUGGUUGCCAUCUUAGCACUCAUUAUACAUGGAGCCAUACAAAAACGAAGGAGAGGAAAAGCAAUUUCUGACGAAGAGGAAGAAAAGGAGGAAGAAGAAAAACAAGGACAAAUUACUGAAAAUGGUAUCCACUGUGAAGUCACUGAUGGGAAAGAAGGAGUUCACAACAGAGGCUUUCAUCAGGAGGAUGAAAGAUUGACACAGCUCUAGAGAUGUCUUCUAGGCAUGAAAUGUACUCUGCAGCAAAUAAUUUACUUUCAUAGGCAUCAGGUUAGCGGGAGCUCAUCUCAAGGUGUCAACUGAAUGUUGUACUGUACAGAAAGUUCAGUUUCACAUAUCUGUUCAUUUUCAAAGUCACAUACAGUAUGUGAUAGCAUUACAGUACAUCAUACGUAAACUGUUUUUUACAUAAAACAUGGAUAAUUGAAAUGUUAAUGUAAUAUUGCAAAGUAUAAAGAAGGCACUUAAUACGCCUUUUGUUUUUUAUUGCUAUUGUUCCUGUAAUGUCCCCAUUUAACUGCUGUACCUGUACUUUCCAUAUACUGUACUGUACCCAUAUAUGGUUAGAUGCUGUUGUUAUAACUACAGUAUGUGGACUGCAUUACAUUACCGAAGAGAAUAGCAUUAGGAUUAAAGAAGAUCAGUGCAGAAAUGCUUCUUAUCAUUUAAAUGACUUCCUUGAAUAUAUCACCAGUAAUGCUAUAGAUGACUUUUUCAAACAUAAAGAAACGUGAAAGGUUAUAUAACAUGUAACUAACAAAUUACAACCUUGAACUAUUUUAAUGUACCAAACUUAAAACACCAGAGGGCACCACACUUUAUGUUAAACAUCAGUUAACUGUUCAGUACAGUGACCCUGAUAUCUAUAUUUCUCGCUAGCGCAGCAUUAAUAAAACAAUUGCAGUUAAUAAAACAAUCUACACAGUUCCCCAUCCCACCAAACCUAGAGUUAUUGGGUAAUCUUGAGCUGUUUCCAGAUAUUGCUUAAGUAAACUGAUAAUACAAAAAGCUUAAAGGAGGCAUUUUAGCUGUUGUCAUCAAGUCAUAGUGUUGCUUUAUUAUUUAAAGUAAAGCUAUUUCAUUUACUUGUUCAUUAAAUACUGUAGGUCUAUUGUUUGUUCAUUAAUUGAUGUCGGUCACUGCUCCCUAAGACCAUACAGCUUACUAUGCGUUUUGAGUUCAGCUAUACUGUAGAUGUUACAAGCUUUUAUAAGGUAUACCAAUGGGGUAGUAAACAAAUCCCAGGUAAUCAGUAACAAUCUACUUUAUAAUAAGAACCUCUUCUUACGAUAUUUAAUUUAAACAGUCUUAAACAGAGCCAAGGGUGUCCAGUCCUGGUCCUGGUGGUCUGCUGUGUUUGCAGGUUCUUUAGGUCUCUUUAAAGCAGCACCACCCACCCCAAAGAGCUGGCAGAAGCUGUUCAGGUGGCCCAGUUAGGACAGUAAACGCUGCUUUAGCUUGUUGGAAUGAAAACCUGUAGCCACACCUGACCUGGAGAACCAGGAUUUCAGAACCCUGGUUUAUGAAAUGAAAGAUGAUAAAAAGCAGAAUUUCAUUAAAUGUCAAGAAAUUAAAAUGUCCUUCUAUAACUGAUGAAUAAAGGGUACAUUUUUAUUUUGAAAAACUUCAUUUUUGAACCUUCUCCCAGAACUACUGGAUGUGAUUUUAUUGUAUCUUCGAUUUAUGUUGCAGAAAGUGUUGUUUAAAGCUCAAAUAAAUUAAGUAAUACAGAUGAUUUCUUUCAGGAAGAAGGAUAAGUCUUGAGACAUUGAGCAAUUUAUAGCCUGGAUAAUAAUUAAAAUACUGUGUUUGAGCAUUG